ACCAAGUAUAAUAUUGGUUGGUCCAAGAACCAAUCGGACAAAUCUGCUACAAGAACCAGAAAAGCCUGUGAAAAAUUCCUUCACAAUAUUCUCUGGGGUUGAAGACAUUUGGGCCCUUUUUUCCUGCUCCUUCCUCAAUAGCUUGGACCCCCUUUGUCUUUUCCCACAUAUUCUAUGCUCUCUACAACGACUGUAAUCUACCGCAUUUAGCAACUUUACUCUCUGCUUGAAUAUCAGUAAGCUUCUCAGAGUAGAUAAAGGAGGGAUCUUUGAUUACAUGCAAAUGGAGAAGAAGAGGAAGCAGGAUCACAAAGUUUCUUCCACCAGUACUAGUCAAGAACCAGAGACAGGCCACCAUAUCUUGAGCAAGGAUGACCAAAACCAAGACAAUGCUGAACCUCUAACAAAGAGCACAAACAUUGAUAGUCCUUCAAAUGGCAAUGUACCUUCCCUAAGUCACCAAUACCCAGUAACUUUUCCAUGGCCGUACACUCCUCACCAUGGUGGGGAGCAAUCUCCUUUGGUGUCUAGACCUUUUGUUGCAACUCAAUCACCACUGCCUGGCGCUUUGAGCCAAUGGCCGCAGUUUCCACAUCAGGUCCAGUACGGCCAGCCACCGAGGACUUAUCCCCAAUCAGCUGCUCCCUUUUGGCUUCCACAGCCACCUGGAUAUCCAUUGCCUGCCUCCAAUGCACCAUCGACUUUGCAGCCAUUUGUUGCUGUUGGAGCAACUGAUGUUAGUGGUGGAAGUUCAACAACAAACCAACCUCAGGUUCCCAAUUUCUAUUACCAUGCUGGGUACCCGUAUCCAGGCUUUCCAGGUACAUGUGAUUCCUCGUCUUGGUGGAAUCAAGCACAAGCACCACAACAUCUGUGUACAUAUGCUUUUCCAGGUUCUUCACCACCUGCAUCGCUGCCUAGUUGUUCUACAGCACUUGGACAAGCAGUUGGAAAAGGAAUUAUCAGACCACCAGCAAAACUCUCUAAUAAGCACCAGCAGCUUUGGGAUGCUCAAUCUGCAGAAAAUGUUCAGCUCUGGAGUGCUGUCAACCACUUGCAAUCAGAAGUAUCUGAUUACAAAAAUCGCUUAGCAAGACUUGAAGCAGAACUGUCUUCUUUGAAAGCAGUAGGAGAAGAGACCACUACUCAAGUUAGUGAGGCUGUUUUAUAUGCAAAACCGUCAAAGAGAGGGAGACCAAAGAGAUCAGUUGCUUCAGCUGAUGCAGUGCAUUCUCCAAAUAAGCCUCAUCGUCGAGCUCGCGGCAGAAAACCUCCAGUACCUGCAGUAUGUAGUGCUCAACAGUUUGAUAGUAAAUCACACUUGUUUGAGAAAGUAAUCCUCAACAAGGUGGAAGACAAACAAAAAGCUCUUCACCUAGCAGCCGCUGUUGAGCAAGGAAACAAUGCCUCACAUGUCGUCACACAUUCUUGUGGCAAUAUGGAGAUUAACGGAACCAGUUCGACAAUGCCUGCAGUCCACUAUCAAUUUCAGCAGGAACUUCGUGGUGUCCAAACAUGUGGAAACGGGAGUGCGUCUUCAGAAAUGAAAGGUACUGAUGUCAAGGCUAACAACACUACCUACCCCAUCUUCCCUCAGAACAUCCCAUGGCCUUACAACAAUACCUCUGAAAUCGAGGGAAAUGACCCAAACAUAGGCACCAAUGGUUUGUACAAUAGCGGUAUUGUUAUCUCACAAGGGGGACAGGUCAUCCCUGGAUGGAGCUUUGUAAAUGAAGCGGAUACUUCAGAUAGGCUGGAAGAUACAGUGUUAGGAUCAGGAAAGAACGACAAUGAGGAGAUUAUGGGAGGUGAUGAAUCUAGCUCAGGAGCUGAAAAAAUUGCUCGAAUAAACAAUGAGGGUGGCUUCAACAUGGAAGACAGAGAAGGAACAAGCAAUAACAGUCUUGCUCCACCCAAUAACUAG